AAGUCUUUAAAUGAUGCUAGCACACUUUGUGAUAUUGAAGCAGCAAUUAAUAAAAAGCAAGAAGAAGAAAUACGAUAUUAUCAAUUAAUAAAUAUUAAGGGGAAAUAUACGACAAUUGGCCUUCCGCAUAUCUCUUCUCAAUUUUUUCAAGACAUAAAUAGCGAUAUGAUAGAUAAUAAUUUUGUAGAGGAUGUAGAUGACGAACCUCAAAUAAUAUUAAAAGCGGUGUUAGAUGAUAAUAUAAAGAUAAAGUUUGAUAAUGUCCUUGAAAAUUUACCAGUCCUUAUAAUAAUAUCUAUUAAUGAUAUAACACCAUAUGAAGUGGAUUUUACUUUUGAAAGUUUGAGACAUAUACAAAGUGAAGUUAGUUUAGAAGAGAAUAUAGCAGAAAGUAACAAUAAUGAAAAUAAUCAAAGUGAUGGUGAAAUUAAUAAUAAUAUACAAGAAGUUGAUAGUGAAGAAGUAAGUUCAAAAGUACAACGAAAAUGUCAUUUAUGCAGUAUACCUGAACGUUAUCAAAAGAAGUGUCCAAAUGUCAAGAAUGAUGAAUAUUAA